AUGUCCGACGACCCACGAAUUCCCAAUCUCCCAGUCGAAAUCCUCAAAAUAAUCAUUAAUUCUGUUGAAUGCAAAUCAGACCUCAAGAAUGUUCGUCUGGCAAGCAAAACGCUGGCCAUACUGGCAGAGCCUCGCCUAUUCCACCGAAUAACCCUCGUUCCGUUUGUACAUUGCUUCCAGUCCUUUGUCAGUUUCUGGCAGGAUAACCCGAUCACACAACAUAUCAAAUGCCUUGUGUAUGAUGCCGCAUGGAGAUACACGGAGUACCUCACGAUUUACCCAAGAAAUGACAAAACGUUUGCCAUUCUGAAUAAUCUGAGCAGAGAUAGCCUUAGAUAUUCAUCCGAUGAUACCCCAGAGGCGCUUUAUCUGGCUGGAUGUGUGCGGAUACUACCUGCUCUACAUCAACUGUUUGUUCGGGAAUUGGUGGGAGAGUAUUCUGGCUGUGUGAGGGGUUUCCCAGAAUGGGAUGCAACCAUACCAGCCUACUUCCAACGCUUUCUCAGAGAGACCGAAAUUGAGCACUUCGGCCUAGAUGACCUCCUUCUGACUGAGAAUACUCUUGCGGAGACACCGCCAGCCUCUGAGUCGGCCCUCCUCUCAUUUGUGACCACUAACGCAAACCUGUCCGAAUUUACUGCUAGCGGAAUCGAUGCAGAAGCUUUCCUCGACCCUCCACCCGGCCGACGGCACUCCACCGAUCUACAAUUGUACCGCCCCAUCUUCAAACAUCUCAAAUCCCUUAAACUAGAGUUCAGAAUCUCCUGUCACCAGCACCUCGAACAUGCUCAUAAAAAUCUUGCCAACAUUUUGAUGACCUCCACUCAGCUGGAAACAUUGAGCUUGAUGCUAGGAGAUGACGUAUCAGAAAUAUAUCAAGACGGGUAUUACGAAGAACAUUCUUGGUUAUCUCCAAUAGUCAGGGACCGUGACGGGAACAUAUGCGAGAAGACAAUAUUUCCACGACUUAUGAAUCUGACCCUAGGCACUAUGAUGUGUCUGGAAGCUGAGCUGAUUGCUUUCAUUGCCAGUCACAAGGGCAUGUUGAAUCGUCUUUCGCUUGAAGACCUGAUUCUCGUUCCAAGCUCGAAUCAGUACUUUCCUGCGUGUUUCGUGCGUAUUUUUAAGGAAAUACGGUCAUACGGGAUCCCAUCCGUCAAGCUAUCUGGCAGAUUCAACAAUUUGUCUCACCAAGUAUGGGAGAUAGAGGAUGAACGCCAUUACCCCUCCUGUUCUAAGGAGACAUCUCUGAAGUACCGGACGGAACAGUGGCUUAGCGGCCAAGGAAGUGAUGAAGAAUGUCCAGUCGAGUCUGCUGCUGUCAAGUUGGAUGCUUCUGGCUGCGAAAUCAUUGUUCCCAACGAAGACUUCUUCGGUGGUGAUGGUAGUUGGGAGAUCAACUACCAGGAUGACGAGGACGAAGACGACUGGGACAUUAACCAAGGGGAUGCCGAUAUAACCGAUUUAUAUCUCCACCACAUUCUCGGAUCCGUCCACAACAAUGACAUCCUCUUUGGCUUUGAUGAUAAUUUCGAAGAGGAUGAAGAUUUUGAUGAAGAGGAUGAAGAUUUUGACAGAGAGGGUUACAAUGGCUACGUCCACCCCUCCUUACGCGACUUUUUCUAA